UUGACUGCAGUCGGAAGCAACAGCUGAUGAAAAAUCGUUGCCUUUCUUGUUGCCGCUGCAGCUGCCCGCUCCUCAUCACCGCCCACCCGUCGCCGCCAUGGCAUCCGCCUCCGCCUCCGACACCCCCAAUCCAAUUGUGCUGGGCUGCGGCGCCGCCUCCGUUGACUACCUGGCCACGGUCGCCUCCUUCCCCAACCCCGACGACAAGAUCCGCAGCCUCUCCCUCAAGGUGCAGGGAGGCGGCAACACGGGCAACGCCCUCACUGCAGCGGCACGCCUCGGCCUCCGCCCAAGGAUCAUAUCCAAGGUAGCCAACGAUGCACAAGGAAGAAACGUUCUCAAGGAGCUGCAAGACGAUGGCAUCGACACAUCCUUCAUGCUGGUUGCCGAGGACGGGAAUACGCCCUUCACCUACAUCAUUGUUGAUAACCAAACGAAAACUCGUACUUGUAUACACACUCCUGGUUAUCCCCCAAUGUCGCCAGAGGAGCUCACAAAGGAGAACUUGUCUGCCGCUUUGGACGGUGCAGACAUUGUCUAUUUUGAUGUGAGGUUGCAUGACACCGCUUUGGUUGUUGCACAGGAGGCAAGUCAAAGAAAAAUCCCUAUUUUGAUUGAUGCUGAGAAAAAGAGGGAGGGACUGGAUGAGCUUCUUAAUUUUGCAUCUUAUGUUGUAUGUUCUGCAAAGUUUCCCCAGGCCUGGACAGGAGCCUCAUCAAUACCAGUUGCUUUAGUGUCUAUGCUUUCAAGAUUACCUUUGAUCAAAUUUGUUAUUGUAACCCUAGGGGAGAAAGGUUGCUUAAUGCUUGAAAGAAGCAUGAUAGAUGCUUUUGAGGCAGAGGAAAUAGAUGUAGAGGCUCUCUUGGACUCACUAGAGAAGAAAGUUGAACAGAGUUCUCACACGCCAAACUGCAUUACUUCCAAGGCAAAUUUGAGAAUAAGUGCAGAUGGAGUAGGGUCCAUAAGUGGCAGGUUACUGCUAGGUACGGCCGAAGUCAUACCACCUGAUGAGCUCAUAGAUACAACCGGUGCAGGAGAUGCAUUCAUUGGAGCAGUUCUGUAUGGUUUAUGCACCAGCAUGCCACCAGAGAGGAUGCUGCCUUUUGCAGCACAAGUGGCUGGCUGCGGUUGCAGAGGUUUGGGGGCUCGAAGCAGCCUUCCUUGUCGCACAGACCCACGCCUGGCGGACUAUUGAUCAGAAUUCAGUAAUGGCCUGCCUGCUUUCCAUGCUUAUAAAUAUUCCAAUGAGAUACAUGAAUGAUAGUAGGCCGCGAUAAUAAGGAAAAAGAACAGCCUGCACCUGUAGAACUACUGUAGAUCAAGACUGUGAUGCCCAGGAGUUAUGUUCUGUUGUAGUAUGCCUAUGAAAACCUCAAGUUUUUCUUUUAGGAGUUUUGGGUUACCCACUUAUUAUCCUUGCGCAAAGAUGUAUGUAUCAUCACAUUUGCGAUUUUUUAUUUGAUUUAUAAUGAGAUAUGCCCAUGCCUGUUGAACUGAAUCCAUUACAACUCGAGUUGUUUUUGGACUACUCAA